ACAUGCUCGGAGGUGGCGUCCGUAAUGAAAACCCCGUGCUGUGGUGUUACUGACAUGUCUGAGGUUCCCGGUCGUUUCUGGUUUUAUGUCGCUGACCUGGUCACAGCACCGGUACCGUCUGUUAAUGUUUAACGUUCAGAAAGUUGCGUGAAGCAGAGCAGAUUUCGAAAUCCCUUCUGUCAACAGCUCAGCAGCAAACAUUUUGCCCGUAGAUGUCUCUAAACUGUUAAUGAAAGUAAUCUCUUUUGAUUUAGUUAGAAUAUAUAAUAAUAAAUAUCAGAAUGUCCGCCUUGAGGGCAGCAAAGCAAGCGCUGAGGAAAGAAGUAAAGCAGCGGGUUGCAGCGCUGAGCGAGGACGAGAAACGACGGCAGUCUCUGGUCGUUUCACAGAAGUUGCUCAGACACCCCAAGUAUAUGUCCUCUCAGCGGAUUGCUGUGUUUCUCAAUAUGAACGAUGAAGUGUAUACUCAAGAAAUCAUCAAGGACAUGUUUAAGUGUGGUAAAAGCUGCUUCAUUCCCAGAUAUGAGAGCACCAGCAGACACAUGGACAUGUUGAAGCUCAGCAGUCUGCAGGACAUGGAGACGCUGCCUCUGACCUCCUGGAAUAUCCGGCAGCCUGCCAAGAAUGACAGCAGCAGAGAGGAAGCAUUGGCUUCAGGAGGGCUGGACCUGAUUUUGAUGCCAGGCCUGGGCUUUGACCGGGCCGGGAACCGUCUGGGACGAGGGAAGGGUUUCUAUGAUAACUACUUGGAGCGCUGCAAAAAACACCCCAAAGGCAAGCCUUACACCAUUGCUUUGGCCUUCAAAGAGCAGCUGUGUCAGGAAGUGCCUGUUGAUGACCACGAUGUGCUCAUAGAUGAAGUCCUGUAUGAGGAAAAGUAGGUCGUUGUUACCAGUGUUGGUCCAUAAACUCAAAAAGCCCACUAACCCUUUAACAUGGCCUUUCCAUUUAAUAGCAGGAAACCCUUUUAAUGAUGGCGUUUGGACUUUUUAGAGCAGGUGAAACUCAAAACCAAGGAGUUAUUGUAGUUAUCAUAUCCUGUUCUGGCAUUACACAAGCUAAGGAAAUAAUAUAAAGAGCUUUACAGGAUGCGCCACUAUAUGGAAAGACAUUUAGAAGCUAACACUCGAGGCUACAGAUGGGAAGUAAUAUAUAAUGGUAUGAAGAGAGCAGCUCUCUCCAGUGGAGUUCAUUUCCAGCCGUUUUUGCAGAAUAAUGUUGGCACAUGGAUUAUGGUUAUUCAGUCCAACCCUGCUCUACAGAAAGCCUGUUCACUGGUGUUUAUGUUGUCAUAAAAAUCUUUUAAAAGGCUGUAUGUAAUGAAGGAUUCAUUUACAGUGUACACUGGUGUACAAUUAAAUUAAAACAUUGCAAAUAAA